ACAACACCCUUUUCCUAUAUUUCUCUAAAAAUCACUCUCUUUUGCCUAUUUUUCUUUCAUUUCAUUGGAACCAAACCAAAUUCUUACAUUGUCUUCAAAACCCUUUAUGUUCGGUUUUAUCAUAACAUAGUGUUAUAAUUGAAUUCCUGUGAUGGGUUUAAUCAGAAACUCAAACUUGAAAAGUGGUGAUUAUUUGGAAGGGAUGUUGAAAGAUUAUGUUGGUGGUAGGGCAAAAUUGAAAAACAAUAACAAAACUUCUGCAUCAAGUAACAAGAUUGUUACCAUUCUUACCUGUCUGCAGUUUGCUUUUGCUGUUUAUGCAACCUUUUUACUGUAUUACAUGAGUCCUUCAAUAGAUUUAAGAACAAAACCUGAUUUUAUUUGGGCCACAAGAAUUGCUCAGCAAUGGAAACAAUUUAUAGUCCCACCUCAUGUUCUUGGUAGAUAUCAAGAAUCUUCAUCUCUCGUUCAAUCUGAUCAAAUAAUCCAAAAUAUAACUCCGUCCGACGUCUGCGAGCACGAAAAGAUCGAAUUCGAGCAGAAGAAAUCUACGGAUACUAAAAUGAUCAAGCUGAAAAGAGAAUUAUAUGAUGAAAUCUUGAAUUUUCAGAGCACAGAAACACUUUCUGAGCUCAUGAAGAUGAAAUCGAAGUGGGAUUUACGGGGCGGUCCGAAUAAUAAUAAUACAAAGCCUAAAAUCACUGUAAUCUUGAAUCAUUUCAAGAGAAAAACACUUUGUUCACAGAUUGAUUCAUUACUUCACCAAACACUUCCAUUUCAUCAUGUUUGGGUGGUGUCAUUCGGUAGCCCUAAUGAGGUUUCACUUAAAAGAAUUGUGGAUAGCUACAAUGAUUCAAGAAUCAGUUUUAUUAGCUCAAGUUAUGAUUUUAAAUACUAUGGGAGAUUUCAAUUGGCUCUGCAAACUGAAGCUGAUCUUGUUUAUAUUGUCGAUGAUGAUAUGAUUCCAGGGAGAAAAAUGUUGGAGAUUUUGUCACACGUGGCAGGGACUGAAAAGUAUCAGAAUUCUGUUUUGGGGAGUAUUGGGAGAAUUUUGCCUUUCAGACAGAAAGAUUUUACUUUCCCAAGUUAUAGGAAAUUUAGAUCCAAGGAAGCUGGUCUUUAUUUGCCUGAUCCUGCUUAUGAUAUUACAGUUGAUAAAAUUUUGCAGGUUGAUUUUCUUUCAAGUUCUUGGUUUCUUUCUGCUGAACUUGUUAAGACAUUGUUCAUCGAAGCUCCGAUGACUUUCUCCACCGGAGAAGAUCUGCAUCUCAGCUAUCAGCUUCAGAAGUACAGAAAUGCCGGAUCAUUCGUACUUCCGGUCGAUCCGAACGACAAAGAAACAUGGGGUGAUAGUGAACACAGAUUAGCCUAUGUUUCUGAAACCACAGUAAUUUUCAAAGACAUAGUUCAAGUCAGAGAUGAUCAGUGGUGGAAAGCACUUUCUAACGGUUACAUUACUCAAUGGGCUUCAAUGUACCCUCAAAAAAUUGACGCACUAUUUUAUGGUCACUCAAUUGAAGAAGUUAAGUCAUUAGCACCCUUGCUUGAAAAGUUUAGGUCCACAGUUGGCAAAAAAGCUUACAUUGUAGUCCCUGGGGGCAAAUUUUGCUCCUGUGAAGAUGCUACAACUGCUCUACAUUGGCCUAAAUUGGUAUGCAAAGAGAGAAGGUUUAAGAUUUUCGAUUUGGAUAUCGGAGCAUUGUCGGGCGUAUCGGAUUCUGAUGUUCCGGUAGUUCAAGGAAUUUAUUCUAGUGUCAAAGGAUUGAUCAAAAUUCAUAAUCCGAGCGUCGUAAUCACGGUGGAUGACAUUGAUGCUAGUGUGAAGAAAGCUUUGAAAAUGGCUACGGAGAGUAGUGUUAAUGCUACAACUAUGAUUCUAUUGCCUAGAGCUUCCAUUUCCAAGGUUCUUUGGAUGGCUGACCUGAGAUCAACUGCUUUGCCAAAUUGGAAUAAGAUGCACAUUUCGAUCAACAUAAUCACUCAAAAUCGUGCUGGAUCUCUAUCAAGACUACUAAAUUCUCUCCAAAAUGCAUACUAUCCGGGCGAUGAAAUCCCAAUAACUUUCAACAUGGACAGCAAAGUGGACGAACCAACCAUAAGACUAGUAAGUACAUUUAAUUGGACUCACGGUCCUAAAACCCUAAGAAGGAGAAUCAUACAAGGUGGUUUAAUCAGAGCCGUUAGCGAAAGUUGGUAUCCGUCGUCGGACGAUGAUUUCGGAUUACUACUCGAAGACGAUAUCGAAGUGUCGCCAUUUUAUUAUCUUUGGAUUAAAUAUGCACUUUUAGCCUAUCAUUAUGAUCCUCAGGUUUCAUUUCCUGAACUUACUUCAAUUUCUUUAUACACACCAAGAAUAGUUGAAGUUGUUAAAGAGCGACCGAAAUGGAAUCCGACGGAAUUCUUCAAACCGAUCCAUCCGAACACGCCUUAUGUCCAUCAACUACCCUGUAGUUGGGGAGCUCUGUUUUUCCCCAAGCUUUGGAGAGAAUUUUAUGUCUACAUGAACAUGAGGUUCACCGUAGACGCGAAAUCCAACCCGGUUCAGAUUCCGAAAUCUAGAACUAAUGGAUGGCAAGCUUCUUGGAAAAAAUUCUUGAUUGAUCUGAUGUAUCUAAGAGGGUAUGUUAGUCUUUAUCCGAAUUUUCCGAAUCAGGCGAGUUUUUCGACGAAUCAUAUGGAACCUGGAGCUCAUAUUAGUGCAAAAGAUAAUGUUGUUAAGCAUGAUAAAGGUGAUUUCGAAGUUCCAUUAUUGCAGGAAGAUUUUAGGAAUUUUUUACCGAAUGGUAAAUUACCUUCAGCAUCAAAAUUACCAUCUUUGAACCUCUUUAAUCAGCCUGUUUCACUCAAGGGUCUUAAAGCUGCUGGGGCUAAAUUGGGACAAGAUGUUCUGAAAUGUAAUAAUGUUUCAGAAAUUGUGAGCGUUGAUCAUCAGACAGGGCUGCCGUUUCGCUGCGAGACAUUCUGAUAAGUUCUUAAUUUGCAUAUCAAAUCAUUCAUUGUUUCUGAGAAAAGAUAGAUUUUUCUUGUAAUGUUAUUAAGAUGGGAUUGUCUCAUUUGUAUGAUGAAAGCCAAAAGUGGCUUCUCUUAUUUGUAUUCGUAACAAGAAAAGAAAAAAAAUGUUUUUUUUUUAAA